AAUUUCUUUUGAUUUUAUUUCUUGGUUUGAAAAUUUUUAAUUUAUUUUCUGAGUUCUUUUGAUUAAAAAUUUGAUCUGAGAUUGACUACAAAUAAUGUGUACAUGAAACAUGAAGACUACCUUCAGAAAUCCAGGGAUAAGCCUUUGUAUCCGUACAACCUGUUGUCAAAUUUUCAAUACUUGUAAGUCCCUGUCUUCAUUAUCCGAUGGGUCUUCGUCUGAAUUGUAUAAGAAAUCUGCCAUUUUUGAGGGAAAAAUUAAUAGUAUUGAAGGGGUGAGGAAAGAAGUUGAAGAUGUGUGUUGUAUUUUAGAGAGUGGUCCUUGGGGAUCCGCCAUUGAAAACGCUUUGUCUUCACUCAAUGAGAAGCCUCAACCCGGGUUAAUCAUUGGGGUUUUGAGGAAGUUGAAAGAUGUUAACCUAGCAAUAAACUAUUUCCGAUGGACCGAGAAGAAAACCGACCAAGCGCAUUGUCCGGAAGCAUAUAAUUCGCUUCUCAUAUUGAUGGCUCGGAAUAAGAAGUUCGAUUGUCUCGAACAGGUUCUUGAAGAGAUGAGCAUGGUGGGAUUCGGCCCAUCUAGUAACGCUUGCAUCGAGUUGGUUGUUAGUUGUGUCAAAUCCCAAAAGUUAAGGGAAGCUUUCGAUAUUAUACAGAUGAUGAGGAAGUUCAAGUUUCGACCGGCUUUUUCGGCUUACACCACUCUUAUCGGUGCUUUGUCCGCUGUGUUUGAAUCAGAUCUUAUGCUUACUCUGUUUCAUCAGAUGCAGGAGCUAGGUUAUGAAGUUAGUGUCCAUUUGUUUACUACACUUAUUCGUGUGUUUGCUAAGGAAGGACGGGUUGAUGCAGCUCUUAAUCUUUUAGAUGAGAUGAGGAGCAACUGUUUUGAAGCUGAUGUUGUGCUUUAUAAUGUUUGUAUAGACUGUUUCGGUAAGGUAGGGAAGGUCGAUAUGGCAUGGAAAUUCUUUCAUGAGAUGAAAGCACAAGGUCUAGUGCCCGAUGACGUGACUUUCACGAGCAUGAUUGGUGUUUUAUGCAAAUCGAAUCGGUUGCAAGAAGCUAUAGAGUUAUUUGAGUUGAUGGAGCAGGAUAGAAAGGUCCCUUGUGCUUAUGCUUAUAACACCAUGAUAAUGGGAUAUGGCUCAGCGGGAAAGUUUGAUGAAGCGUACGGUUUAUUAGAAAGACAGAAAGCAAAGGGAUCAAUUCCAAGUGUGAUAUCGUAUAACUGCAUUCUCACUUGCCUUGGGAAGAAGGGGAAAGUGCAAGAGGCAUUGAGGAUCUUCGAGGAUAUGAAGAAAGAUGCUGUGCCCAACCUUCCAACUUAUAACAUUCUCAUAGACAUGCUUUGUAAGGAUGGUAAUCUCGAGGAUGCUUUGAGGAUUCAGGGUGCCAUGAAAGAAGCUGGCUUAUACCCGAAUGUUAUAACCGUAAACAUAAUGAUUGAUAGACUGUGUAAAGCACAAAAACUCGAUGAGGCUGUUUCUAUAUUCGAAGGAAUGGAUCACAAAGUUUGUUGUCCUAACGAGGUUACAUUUUGCUCCCUUAUAGAUGGCUUGGGAAAACAUGGUAGAGUAAAUGAUGCCUAUAGACUUUACGAGAAGAUGCUGGAUUCCGAUAAGAUCCCGAAUGCUGUUGUAUAUACAUCCCUCAUUCGGAACUUCUUCAAGUGCGGGAGGAAGGAGGAUGGUCAUAAGAUAUACAAAGAAAUGCUGCGAAGGGGCUGCGCCCCUGAUCUUAUGCUCCUCAAUACCUACAUGGAUUGUGUGUUUAAAGCUGGGGAAAUCGAGAAGGGUCGGGCUUUGUUCGAGGAAAUAAAGGCUCAAGGAUUCAUUCCAGAUGUUCAAAGCUAUUCGAUUCUGAUACAUUGUCUCGUGAAAGCAGGUUGUGCGCAUGAAACCUAUCAGUUGUUUCAUGCAAUGAAGGAGCAAGGUUGCAUUUUGGACACCCGUGCUUAUAACACCGUGAUUGAUGGAUUUUGCAAGUCGGGUAAGGUUAACAAAGCUUAUCAGCUUCUAGAGGAAAUGAAAUCAAAAGGUCACCAACCGACUGUUGUUACCUAUGGUUCCGUCAUUGAUGGUCUUUCUAAGAUUGAUAGGCUUGAUGAAGCAUACAUGCUCCUCGAAGAAGCAAAAUCGCAGGGCAUAGAGUUGAAUUUAGUUAUCUAUAGUAGUCUUAUUGAUGGGUUCGGAAAAGUCGGGAGAAUAGAUGAAGCAUAUCUAAUAUUGGAAGAGUUAAUGCAAAAGGGUUUGACACCGAACACAUACACAUGGAAUUGCUUGCUUGAUGCUUUGGUGAAAGCCGAAGAGGUCGAUGAAGCCCUUGUUUGUUUCAAGUCUAUGAAAGACAUGAAUUGUCCCCCGAACCAUAUCACGUAUAGCAUUCUCAUAAAUGGUCUUUGCAAGAUUAGAAAAUUCAAUAAGGCCUUUGUGCUUUGGCAAGAAAUGGAAAAGCAAUGGUUAAAACCGAAUACCAUCACGUACACCACUAUGAUUUCCGGACUCGCGAAGGCUGGUAAUGUUGCUGAAGCUCAUGGACUUUUUGAGAGGUUUAAGGCUAAUGGGGGUAUACCUGAUUCUGCAUGCUAUAAUGCCAUCAUCGAGGGGUUAAGCAACGCCAAUAGGGCAACGGAUGCAUAUAAACUUUUUGAAGAAACUCGACGGAAAGGUUUUAACAUUCAUACCAAAACCUGUGUUGUUCUUCUAGAUGCACUGCAUAAAGCUGAAUGUCUUGAGCAAGCAGCUAUUGUAGGGGCUGUCUUGAAAGAAACAGCGAAGUCUCAACAUGCUUCGAAAUAUUGGUAACAUAUUUCGGUUCGGUGUUGGAGAGAGAUCGAUUAAUGCAUGAUGAGAAGAUGUUUCUCGAUGUUUCUGGUGGAGCAAUAACACUUCUAUAGAUGAACUUUAAGCAAGGGUAUUUCCCCAUCUGAUGAAAUGUUUCCUUAUGGUUAACUAUGCAUGCAUGCAUGGGUGCAUACAUACAUAUUGGUGACAUCGUAUCAAUGUAUAGGUGCUCUUGUCACUGAAGCCAUUGCUAAUGCAUCAUGGAUGAUUAAGAAGACAGAUGCCCUCAGCAAAUAAACAAAGACAGCAGCCACUUAGAAGAAAGGCCACUUCUAUAUCUUGAUCUUUUAAUAGUUUUGUUUUGUUUUGUUUAAUUAUAUAUAUAUAUCUCUUUCAAAUGUGAAAGUAAACCCUUCAUACCAAUUAAAUUCAAAGGAAAUUUUGUUGUACUGACUUCUGUAA